UCUAACUGCAGUUCGGUUUCUUUAAUUAAAAAGCUUCUCUUUUCAAUUGGAAUUGUUUUAAUUUUAUUUGACUUGAUUACUGAAUUUUAAUUGAUUUUAAUUACUCCAAUUCUAAUUAUGGAUUGUUGUAACGGUUUUAAAACUUCUUAUUUCUCUGGGUUUAUCUCUUUCUUAUUUUAUGUUUACACUGUGCUAGAGUUUUCAUAUUUUCAUUUUCAGUUGUCUUUCUCAUUUUUAAUUUCAUUGUUGAUUCCUCAUCAACAACCUGAACCGGAGCCUGUUGAUUAUAUUGAUUUGUUGAAGACAACGGAAGUAUCGGAAAAAUAUUGGUACUUGGAAAGUGUUCUUAGAUUAGAAGAGGAGAUUAAUCGUAAUAUUGAAUUGAUUGGUAAAUUUGCUACUAAAACUGGUGAAAGUGAUGAUAUAACAAUGGUUGCUGGUAUCGAGUUGAAUAAAGUUAAAUUGUUGAAAAAAGGUAAACUCAAGAUGUUUCGAAAUCUCUGUCUUGUUGCUCUUAAAGAGAUCCCCCCGAUUGAAGGAGAUAAGGAAGUUACUGUUGAUGAUCUUGAAGGUUUCUGGUGUUUACUUGGAAUUGAAGCUGACAAACACCGACAAUUAGUUGAUAAUAUCACCAAAGAAAGGAUCGUUAAAAAAUCCAAAGUUCCUGUUGUAAAAAAUAAGACUACUCCUACUUCACUACGAGUGUGUAAAUCUAACAUAGAUGAAAGAAAUCGUAAAUACAUGGAAAGGAUGAAAAAAUUGAAAGAACGAGCCGCAAAACCGAUUGUUAGAUCGCCUUUUCUAAGAGCUUGAUCAUGUUACAUGUUUUUAUUUAAUAAAUUACAAAACUACAUUUGUUUCCUCCUCAUCAUCACAAUCAAA